AUGAUCGCCGUUGAACGAGUGAUCCUGAUACCACGACGCAAGAGGAAGGCAGCCGAGAGGUUGACCAUCUUGCGAGAACGCAAUGCGGAACACAUUGCCAACCGAAAACGUGAAGCGGAAGAAGCAAUUCGACUCUUGAAACCCUCAGUAGAACGGGAACCGUCGUCAACGGAAGGAACUUUUGAUGUAACAAUACCGGUUCAAGCAUUGGUGCACGAAUCACAAUUGACCAUUCCGGGUGGAUACUCCAAGAAAGCAAACGCAAUUGCACUUGCCACUAAUAUCAGUAAAGUAACGACGGUCAUCAAUGUGGUGGAGGCGGAUGAUUUGGUGGUAGUCGGGCUUGGCGAUGACCCACCCGUGCUUGUUGAUGAACCGGUUGUUGGGCUAGACGAAUUGUUGGGUGAACUGCUGGGUGAACCGCUGGAUAAAAGAGAUGAAGAAAGAGGUUAUAAUGCAGCAUGUUCACGAGAAUCCGGUAAUGGUGCGACGAAUGAAAAUUUGGCAGUACUUCGAAAAGCCGUCAUCUUUAAAAAAAAAAUCAGCCAAUCUCGCUUCCUUAUGCUAAGAGAGAAGCCACGAACGCGGUUGACAUCGCACAAUGUCAAUAAAGUGACAAAGGUUUUCGAUGAUUUAGAUGAACCUGCACCUGUUGAUGAAGGACUACCGGAAGAUGCAGAUGUACUAGACGAUGUGGACUUGCUAGAUGAUAUAGAUGAUGAAGAGGAGGACGGACCUGAUGAGGAACUACUAAUGAUAAUUGCACCCCACAUGCCACCUUGGCAAUGGCCGGCUACACUGCAGAAAUAG